UUUGGAAACUGGUCAGUACAAGUAGCCAAAGAUGGCAGCAACAACCGAUUCUUACGCGUCUGACCCAUCCACUACCUACGCCCUCCCACUGCGCAAGGAGUUUCAGCGGGGACAGGCUCUAUACCAGAAGCUCGAAAACUCGGAGCUUGCGUCGUCAGAUCCCGCCUUCCAAGAAGAUGUGACGGAAGGGAUCAAUUCUCUCUUGCGCUGCGCGGCGCUCGUAGAAACACUUGGAGUUUUUAGUUCAAAUGAACUUUUGGAAGAUAUCAACACGGCUGAUCUACGGUAUCUUUUAGUCAAUGCUUAUCUUGCGGUAUUGAUUUCGAAACGCAUGGGGCAGGAUCGCCUCGAAGUAUUGCAAACUGCACAGCAUCAUUAUGAACGAUUUCUGGCGGCAUGUGAACAACAUGAGAUACUUCGGGCAGAUGACAAAAAGUUCUUGGAAACCCAAAUGAAGGGCGGUAUUGCGGACCCCGAAAGGAAAAGAAUGGAAAAAAUUGCACGAUAUAAGCGGGAGAAAGCCACAAAGGAAAAGCUAACGGAGCUCCAUGAACAGCUUUCCUAUCAGGCCAAGGCAACCCCUAAUGAAGAUGAAGAUGUCGAUGAGGAAUUAGACCGCGAAAUCAUUUUAACAACUAUCGACUUGUUUAUACAACGAACGGCUGAAAACCUUAAGCUCAUUCAGGAUGAGCGCAAAUUGUUGGAGAUGGCAAAAGCAAAGGGGACACUUCGAGGACCCGAUUCAAGAGAUCAAACCACGAUCAUUGAAGGAACCCCCCCACCACGGAUGAACCACCAAGGACCGUUAUUAGCCUCAGAUGGGAAGAUCCUUCGACCGUUUGUAAUCACAUCCAAACGUGAAGCUCUCCGUCAGCAAGUAUUCCGGCCCGGUCAUAAUUUGCCGACAAUGACAGUAGAAGAAUAUAUUGACAAGGAAAUCGAGCGCGGGAACUUUCUCAGUGGUGGAGGCAAAGAACCAGAAACAAAAAUAGCUGACGAUAAUGACCAUGAAGCUCUUGAUGCUGAGACAUAUAAAGCCCGACAAUGGGAUGAGUUCAAAGAUGAUACUCCCCGCGGAUGGGGAAAUCGGUAUAAUAAGGGUUAAUAGUCGGAGUUGACUAGCAAGUAGACUAGCUUCCGUCUCUCGAUGUGGAUGCGUGUUACCUCCAGUAUAGAACGACAGAGUGAUGAGAUUAUUCCUGUGGUUCCAACGAUGCGACACCUAAUAAACGCGUCUUAGGCUUCAAAGUUUAUCCGAAGGAAAACUACAAGCGCUA